UUUAUUUUUCGGUCUGUGUGCUGUGAUGCUGUGAUGUAGUGAUGUCAGCUCAGGAUUAAGUGACUUCACAAAUCACAAACUUCAGAGGAAGAUUAAGAAGAACAUGGCGGACGAAGCUCCUUUCCAGUUUUUACACAGCGAACUAAUCCAGUACAUAACGAAGUCAGCUGACAGCGGAGACACGGAGAAUGCCAGGAACAUCACCAAACUGGAGAUCAUGGGCUUUAGAGUCGGCCAAGGACUAAUAGAGAGACUAACUAAAGACACAGUGCGGUUCAAAGACGAGCUGGACAUCAUGAAGUUCAUCUGUAAAGACUUCUGGACGUGUGUGUUCAAGAAGCAAAUCGACAACCUUCGCACAAAUCACCAGGGCAUCUACGUUCUUCAGGACAACAAGGUCCGAUCGCUGAGUCAGCUGUCGGCUGGUAAACAGUAUCUGGAACAAGCUCCAAAGUAUCUGGCCUUCACCUGUGGUUUGGUGAGAGGAGCUCUGACCAACCUGGGAGUGAAGAGUAUAGUGACUGCUGAGGUGUCCGUCAUGCCUGCGUGUAAAUUCCAGGUCAUGAUCCAGAAAAUGUAGCAUCUUGCGAGGCCGUACCAACUGUUCACUCACUCAUGUUUUAGAGGAAAGAGCGUUUCCUGCUGGCAGACUGUCAGACUCUUCAAAAUGCCUUGAUGAUUAUUUCUGACUGAGAUCGAUUUUUUGUUAUUAUUAUUAUUAUUAUUAAAUAUAUAUAUAUAUAUAUAUAUAUGUGUAUAUAAAGUCUACACAUUUCUCACUAAGCAAAUGUGCUUAGUCACUUUGUGUCGUAUUCAACUGAUGGACAAUGAACUACAGUAUUUGGGGAAAAUGACUAAUUGCAGCUUUUCUGACAGAGGACUUUGUUUUUAAAUAAAUAUUCUUCAAAUCAGUAUUGACUGAGUAGAAGAUUUAAAACCUGAUACCAUGAUAAUAUUCUCUAUACUCUAAUGGAUAACAUUAAAGACAUGAACUGCU